AAAUGAAACAUUAUGGAAUCUUAAAAGGAGACCUAGGACUUCUGGGUUACAUUUGUCUGGGUACGUGAGGAAUCCCUCAACCAUUCCAACGGAACUGCCAUUUAAGGCCAUGCGCAAGCCCUAGGGGACAUACUGAAGAAGGAUGCGCCAUCCCGCUCUCUGUGAAAGCACAGAAGACACCAGACUGGUUCUCCCAGUCCUUUUAGGGGCUAGGUGUCGCCAGGGUGGUGGCACUGGUUUGUGUGUCACCACAAGACACCCUCACUACAUGCUGGAUGGAUAGGAGUGAAUGUUACUUCAUUGUCUGCCCACUACGUAUUUGUGUUCAAUGGCAACUCUCACAGCUUUUCAUUUUCAUUAUCUCCAGCACAGUAACAUUUACAUAUGUGAAAAUGGUGGAGUUCUACUUUUUGUAGAAAAAUAUAUUAUGUUAACACAUUCUACCCGAUGACAUUAAACAUUACAUUUGAAAAACAGUGAUUUUCAAACACUGAGAUUCAUGGUGACGUGGGGAGCAAGAAAAUGCCAUCCCUCUGGCUAGAAACUUGUGAAAGGAUUUUUUUAUUUUUAUAUAUAUAUAUAUAUAUAUAUAUAUAUUUUUUUUUUCCUAUAUUUUUUUAUCCUUUUAUCCUACCCUGUGUGUGUCACACAGUAGGUUUCCAUCCAUUUGGGGGCAGAAUUUGAUGCGGAUAUUCCAAAAUCCACAAAACGGACAGUGUGUGACGAUGUAAUGCACACAAUGUACUUUCUCUCUUACGUUCAUGUACCGGGAACAAUGUUGAAAGUUAAAUGUGUUUCCAUCACAUUUUCAACUGUCUCAAACUGUUGCGUUAAAUAGCAAAUGUCCCUACUCUGGUCAGAUACACUGUGUCGGGUUGGGCGUAAUCCAGAUUUUCACAGUCCUACUGUUUCUGUACCAUACCGGGGUAUACGGUAGUAACGGAGGUGCACACAAGGGGCGCAAAAUAUUUUUUAAAGUUUAAGUAGUUUGAUUUUUAUUUUAUUUUUUCCCGCACAACAAUUUAGGCAACAGGGAUGUUGAUUACGGAAAAGAUUGAAUGUCUGUGCUAUAAACCAGAACCGUGAUCUUUACAUCUAGCCGCCAGAUGUCAAGUUAGCAAACCAAAUGCAUAACUGGAGCCCGUAGCUUUCUAAUAGUUGUUGUUAUAAGCAGGGGCGUAGCGUGCACCCUCGUACACAUGAUAAACAUUUAAACAAUGUGUGCGGGUGCGUGCUAUGCCCCUGUUUUAAAACGAAAUCUAAGAUGUGUCAAAUUAUAUCCAGCUAAAUCAUUUGGUUCGCUUUUUCUUUUGACCGGUGUUCAAAUCAUACCGCCGGUAUGUCGAAAUACCCCGGUAUACUGUCUAACCGGUAUACCGCCCAAGCCUAACAGUGCGGGUAGGUUACUCAACAUGACGCAAUUAAGAGCGAGAAUAUCUUUAUUGUCAAAUGGCAGUCGAGCAUCGAUCAGCAUGUCACCAGAAUAAGUCCCUCAAUUUAUUGGAAAGGUGCAUCAACAUCACCGGGCACUUUCGCCACCCUGUGAAGUUCAUCGGAAAUGAUUUUAAACUGCCUAGCUUACUAAACUGCAUGGUUUCCCGGAGUUGUCGUGGGACGACCACACACCAUAUCAUCUCGUGACUCCAGUAUAAUGAUUAUGAUGUCAAUAUUUGUGCAUUUUAAGGUGUUUCCUCCACCAUUUCUCUCACAAUGAAUUUUACAGACACAAAAAGAUCCCACCAUGUCGAAUGAACACUAUCUUUCGGCAUAUAUAAAAUUAUACUGAAACCAUCAUAGGUUUCAACACAGCUGUUGUGAUUUAAAAAAUAUAUAUAUUUAUAAGUUACUUUACCUUGCUGAAGGAUAAGCAUUUUUAAAAAUAUAUUUUUUAAACACAUCCAUUUAAAUGUGCCGUUUUCAAAUAUGUAGACACUGGUAUGGUGCUGGAGAUGAGGAAUUGGAGGUUAAAAAGUGGUAGAAUUGUCCGUUUUUAAGUAAAACGCUCCCAAUCAUUCCCCGCCAUGUUUUAGCACUUAAAUCCAUCCAAUCUUAAAUAAUUUUGCGGCAUCGCCAGUGUCUUCUCUUUAGCUGACAAACCAUUUUUUUUAUUAGCAACAUUUUUUACAUUUAACAUGGUCACUGCUAGGACGUUCUAACUAGGACAUGUGAGUCAUUGACGAUACUUUUAAUCUUUCUGACUAAUCUUUUAAAAUGACUUUCUGUAAAAAUGUCAGUCUAAACCACAACACUUGGCUGCCUCCCAAACCUGCAAGUUAGCCUACUGUAACGUACACAAUAAGCCUGUUACAUCUUGGGUGACAAUGAAGAACAAGGCUUCUCUUUCACAUCGGUCCUGAGCUACAGUAACUCUAGGAAUGUACCUUCUACAGGAAUGUCUACAGCAACCUGCUCUGCUGCAUACUUCUCUCUCCCAGUCACAGCCUUACCCCAAGACCUACUUUUACACUAAUAUUUGCAUGAUUUAAUCUGAUUGGUACCGUAAGCAAGGCUCUAACAGGCAACCAUUUCAAGUAUGAGCACACGUGUGAGUAAAAUGCUGCCGUGGGUAUUUCCGCAGCACAGGGAUAGGGAAGAUCUCUCUCGCUUAUGCCUCACGUCCUCUAUCCUCAUGUCCUUCUCAAUACCCAUUGGAGAAGAUCAGGGGAGGUGUAUAUAUGGAAAUAUGAAUUUAUAUUGUAUGUCAUAUUUCUACUGGAUCACCAUUUUUUUCCCCCCACAGGCAGCCAAUGAGGAGACCAAGGAACGUCUGUACGAGACCCUACUAGCCGAGUGCCGAGACACCAUCCAGGCGGUGAGAGAGGAGCUGAAAACUGAAGCGAAGCAGCGAGAGAGAUCUGAUGAAGCCAGUGGAAAGGUGACCAACCUGCAGUUCCUGCACAGCUACCUGACCUACAUCAAGCUGUGGACGGUGGUGAAGAGGAACGAGAGCAUGGCCCACAUGCUGCAGGCCAAGCUGAAGGAGCCGCAGACGGACGAGAACAAAAGGGGCCCUCGCCCCCAGGACCUCAUCCGUCUCUACGACAUCAUCCUCCAGAGUCUGGCUGAGCUGUCCACCCUGCAGGGGCUGGAGGAAGAUCACACGUUCCAGAAGGAGGUGGCCCUCAAGAUGCUGGUCUACAAGGCCUACAGGUGUUUCUUCAUAGCCCAGUCGUACGUGCUGGUGAAGAAGUGGAGCGAGGCUCUGGUCCUGUAUGAGCGGGUCCUGAAGUAUGCCAAGGAGGUCCAGUCCAAGGCUAAGACCCUCAACAACAGCCUGAAGGAUCUGCCUGAUGUGCAGGAGCUGAUCACAGAGGUCAACGCUGAGAAAUACUCGCUUCAGGCGGCAGCCAUCUUAGACACGGAGGAUGCUCCUGAAGCGCCCUCUCAGCAGAAGGUGAAAGACAACACGCCUCUGUGCGAGCGCCUGGAAACCUUCCACCUGGACCCCACCCUGGUAGGGAAGCAGCCCAACCUGGUCCAGUUCCCCCCUGACUUCCAGCCCAUCCCCUGUAAGCCCCUCUUCUUUGACCUGGCACUCAACCACGUGGCCUUCCCACCCCUCGACGACAAGGUGGAGCAGAAGGGCAAGGGCGGCCUGACCGGCUACAUCAAGGGCAUCUUCGGCUUCGGCAGCUAAAUCGAGUCCCAGGCUUUGGUGAGGCCUUCAGGUUGGAAGCAGCCAGAUAUUGAUAAACAGGCUGAGUGGGUUUCUAGAAAACUGUCAUCCAUCUGAACUGUAGAGACAAUGUCUGUCUGGAAAUGGCACCCUGUUUCCUUAUGUAGUAGACAAUUAGGUCAAAAGUAGUGCACUGCGUAGGGUAUAGAGCGCCAUUUCGAAAUCUACCAGUUUGAGACUUCAUGUUCUAGAGGUUUCCUGCCUUGUUUGUUCCCUUCAACAACCCCCAACACACUUUUACAGAGGGAAACAAACCCAAUUGACUUACCUUGAAUUAUUUUCAUUUUCAACUCUUAAAAGCGCUUUCAUGUACCCAGUCUCAAUGUCAGUAUACAGGAGGGAGGGAGAGUAAGUGUUGUAUCAAUCACUAUCAAACAGGAGGAACAGUAUAAAUGCAGUCCACAGGGUAAAUCCACGACCAAGCCGUGAUGUCUCGUAACACACUAGUUUCUGAUCGUGGUCCUACUGUCAGAAUUCUAUCACCUCUGUAUUGCCUCCAAUUUCUUAUGACUUUAAUAUCUAGAUUGUGAGACAAGUUCUCAAUUUAGAGAAUAAUGUAUGCGUCUGUCUUGUCCUGCACGCCGUUGUGGGACCAAUACAUCUCUGCAUGGUUGACAGUUAAAGUUAGACUAGACAUCAGGAUUGAAAUUCCUUAUACAACAAUGGGGUUCAGUGGCCAAUGACUUUAUAUUCGGUACAGGAAAGGACUCCAUCGUGUUUAUAUUCUCUAAUGAAUAGACUUUUUAAAACAUUUGUAACUUCUGUGUGUGACAAAAGACAGAAUGACCUUUGGGGUCAAAGGUGACUGCUUAGGAUUCCUUUUCGCCUCACCCCCGAAAGUCUGAGUCAGCAUUAAUGAACUUCUGUAAAAAAAAUUAAAAAACCUAGUAUGUCUAGAAAUACAGUAUUUUAGUACACACUACUUCAUUGUAUCAGUUAGCUCGUAUUCCAACAGAUUUUAAAUGGGAGGGAGCGGCACCCUUUUUGAGUGCCUAACUAACACCUCUUCAGCUUUUCCAGUACCAAAGCCAGUUCUGUAAUCAAGAGUCUUCAGCUGUUCAACGGACCUCACAUUUGCAUUUACUUAUGAUGACUGUGUUCUCCACUACAGGUUGUCAAUUUACCUUCUGUCCUCUCUUCAAUCUAAGUCUUUGUUUUCUCUUUAAUUCAGGGUGAUAUAGGUCUUGUACCUUCUUAUUUCAAUGCGUUUUUUGUUUCCCAAUGUGGUCAUGUAUUAAUAAACAGGAUUUGGGUCAGAUGCAUGUUGGGAUAGUUUCACGCAUCGUUACCCAAGAUGCCCGAAAAAUGAUUUCUGUAAACAUGAUUUGAAAACUAAGUGGAGUAUAGAAGAGAGAAUUAUGACAUGAUGAAUUAUUUUCCAGACUUCUAAUUAAAAAGAGACAUUUGCGGCAAACGUGA